AUGGAAUCCACUCUCCGUCACGGCUCCGCCCCGUCAAUCGGCGUCGUGACCGAGUUCCCCUCCCCGAAUCGCUCCACACCACGGCCUCCUCGACUCCCCAUCCCCGCCCUCAGACACUUCCCUCCUCAUUUCCACCUCUAUUCUCCUCCCGCUCUCCACCGCCACUCUCUCCGCUUCCUCACAAAAUCCUCCUCUCACCACCACAACAACCACUUCGUUCACGAUCACGACCACCACCACCACGGACACGAGGAACACCACAACCACCACCACCACCAUCAUCACCACCACCACGAGGGAGACAGUGCGUCACUAACCGGUUUCCAGGGAGCUCUGAUAAAAUUCGCGAGAGCGACAGGAUGGGUAAAGCUAGCCAACAUAUUGAGAGAGCACUUGCAGCUCUGCUGCUGCUCCGCCGCGCUCUUCGUAGCCGCCGCCGCCUGCCCCUACCUCGUUCCCAAGCCUAUCGUUAAACCUCUCCAGAACGCCUUCAUGCUCGUAGCCUUCCCUCUCGUCGGGGUUUCUGCUUCGCUGGAUGCCCUAACCGACAUUGCCGGAGGGAAGGUGAAUAUGCACGUGUUGAUGGCUAUGGCAGCAUUUGCUUCCGUUUUUAUGGGCAAUGCCUUGGAAGGAGGCUUGCUUCUUGCCAUGUUCAAUUUGGCUCAUAUUGCUGAAGAGUUUUUCACUAGCCGAUCAGUGGUAGAUGUUAAGGAAUUGAAGGAAAAUCACCCGGAAUCUGCGCUGGUGCUCGAUGUGAAUGCUGAGGAGUUUCCUGACCUCUCUGAUUUGUCAUACACAAGCAUUCCCGUCCACAACGUUGAAGUGGGAUCCUAUAUUUUGGUGGGAACUGGUGAGGCGGUGCCUGUAGAUUGUGAAGUUUUUCAAGGUGGUGCGACAAUUACUAUUGAGCACUUAACUGGAGAAAUCAAGCCAAUAGAAGCAAAAGUUGGAGACAGGAUUCCUGGUGGAGCAAGGAAUGUGGAUGGUAGAAUGAUUGUGAAGGCCACAAAGACGUGGAAAGAGUCAACGUUGAGUAGGAUUGUCCAACUAACUGAAGAAGCACAGCUAAACAAACCAAAGCUUCAAAGGUGGCUUGAUGAAUUUGGUGAGCGUUACAGCAAAGUGGUUGUUGGAUUGUCUGUUGCUAUCGCCCUCCUUGGACCACUUCUUUUCAAGUGGCCAUUCAUGAGCACACCAGCUUGCAGAGGAUCUGUCUACAGAGCACUGGGGCUGAUGGUGGCAGCAUCACCAUGUGCCUUGGCUGUGGCUCCAUUGGCUUAUGCCACUGCUAUUAGUUCCUGUGCUAGAAAGGGAAUACUGCUUAAAGGAGGACAUGUACUGGAUGCUCUAGCAUCCUGUCAUACGGUAGCUUUUGAUAAAACUGGAACAUUGACAACUGGGGGUCUAAUGUUCAAAGCAAUAGAACCAAUUUAUGGACAUUUGAUUGGAAAUAAUAAGACAAAUCUUACGUCGUGUUGCAUUCCUAACUGUGAAAUGGAAGCACUUGCCGUAGCAGCUGCCAUGGAAAAGGGUACUACACACCCCAUCGGAAGGGCUGUUGUGGAUCAUAGUUCGGGGAAAGAUCUACCUUCUGUUUCUGUUGAAAGUUUUGAAUAUUUUCCAGGUAGAGGCCUUACUGCUACUCUGAAUAAUAUCCAGUCAGGAACCGGAGGCAGUAAAUUGGUGAAGGCAUCUCUUGGUUCUGUUGAUUUUAUUACUUCACUCUGCAAGUCUGAAGACAAAUCAAGAAAGAUAAAGGAAGCAGUUCAUUCAUCUUCUUAUGGAAGUGACUUGGUUCAUGCUGCUCUUUCUGUUGAUGAGAAGGUAACACUGAUUCACCUCGAGGAUAGACCACGACCUAGUGUUUCAGAUGUCCUAUCAGAACUAAAAGAUCGAGCAAAGAUGCGUGUAAUGAUGUUAACUGGUGACCAUGAAUCAAGCGCAUGGAGAGUUGCUAAAGCUGUGGGCAUCACUGAAGUUUACUGUUGCCUGAAGCCUGAGGACAAGCUUAAUCAUGUGAAGCGUAUCUCAAGGGAUAUGGGGGGAGGUCUUGCCAUGGUUGGUGAAGGUAUUAAUGAUGCACCAGCUCUUGCUGCUGCAACAGUAGGUAUAGUACUUGCUCAACGUGCUAGUGCGACUGCUGUUGCUGUUGCUGAUGUCCUAUUGCUACGGGAAACUAUAUCUGGUGUUCCAUUCUGCAUUGCCAAGUCUCGCCAAACAACCUCUCUGGUCAAACAAAAUGUGGCCCUUGCCUUGACUUGCAUAAUUCUGGCUUCUCUUUCCUCUGUUUUAGGUUUUCUCCCUCUGUGGUUGACGGUUCUUUUACAUGAAGGUGGUACUCUUCUUGUUUGUCUCAAUUCUAUACGCGCUCUAAAUGACCCCAUGUGGUCCUGGGGGGAAGACUUGUUGCAAAAUGCCCAAGAAUUUAAAUCCCGGAUAAGGUUAUCAAAGGCAGAUGACAAUGGGUCAAGUACAUUGCAGACGGCACCGUCAUAA